UCAACUGUUAAAUUAUUGUUUCUGCUGAAACAGCUCUUCUGUUUCAAAUUGCAGAUGAAGCUUCAAGGGGAUAAGGAUGGGCGUAAGGGUCGUCUAUCUGUUGCAACAGAGAUCUUUGAAGUGGCCCCUUCUCUUUACAUGGUCGAGGUUCGCAAGUCUGGUGGAGAUACCCUGGAAUUUCACAAGUUUUACAAGAACCUCUCAACUGGACUGAAAGACAUCGUAUGGAAAACAAUUGAUGAAGAAAAGGAGGAAGAAGAGGCAGCGCCAAAUGGUGUUGCUCAGGUUACUGCUCAAUAACUGGGUUUUUUUUUUUGCCCACUUGUAAAAUCCAAAUGUUGAUUAUUCAAUCGGCUGUGGCCUGGUGGUAGUGUUUUUCUUCGUUUCUUUCCUCAUGAAUGACAUGAAGGUUAAUGGGCGGAACAUAAUGUAGCUUUCGUUGACGUGUUCCUUGUGCCCAGAACAAACUCUUUCAUGCCUACGUAGGCGUGGUCUCGGCCAAUCUUUUAUAUAUAACUGGGCUUGGUGGGUUUUCUUCCAAACUGUGAAUGUAUCAGAACCCUCGGCCUCGUUCGGUUUAAAACAAAGUUUCUCUAUUAUGCAUCUUAUCUCCCUUGUUUCCAA